AUUGCAGUCCAAAUUGGGGCAGUUUCCCAAUUUUCCCUUUACUUUAUAACCACUUCCGAUAUUUAUUCAUCCCUCAUACAACCAUUAGUCUUCAUUCCCAGGUCCUCCCGCUGCCUCUUCAUAUAAUCUUCUUCCAUUCGGUGGGUUCAAUGGUAUUGCAAGUCGAGUCAAAAUUGAUCACUCGAGCGUUCAGACGGAGAUUAUUAUUGUUUAUUGCUGUAUCGUAUAUAGUCUGAUCGAUUUUAUUAAGUUUCCGGAUCGAUUAGCAUCCCAAUUCACAAGGUUGCAGACAGAUCAGUUUUAGUACAAUGGGCGGCGGCUCUGUGGGAUAUGACAUCGUAAUGGCGCUUCUUUCUAUAAUUCUCUUUUCACUUAGUAUCAUUCUCCUCAUCAUUUUGAUCUGUAGAAAGAAAUCGGUGGAAUCUGAAGAUAAUCUCCCGGUGAAGAUUUACGGCCGUGCGUACCCUUUCGUCGAGGUGGAUACUGCCACAGAUGGAUUCAACCAACGUAGAAUCAUUGGUAGUGGUCGUCUUGGAAUUGUCUAUGCUGCUACUGUUAGUACUUCGUCGGUAACAGGAGAAGAACAUCAUACGAUUGCUGUAAAGAGAAUCCAUUCUCGUCUAGUACUAAAUAAUGCCGGUUCUGGGUUCUCUUCAAUGGUUAAAUCUCUCUCUGUAGCCUGCCACCCGAACGUCGUACCGAUCAUCGGUUUCUCAGAGGCGCCAGGAGAAAGAAUUAUACUCACGGAAUUCAUACCCAUGAAGAGUUUGGAUUCCCACCUUCAGCAAAACGCAAAUGACGCGUCCUUCCUCGACUGGACACGACGCGUAAAGAUUGCCGCUGGCACUGCGCGAGGUAUCGAGUAUCUACACGAAAGCAUGUCGCCUUCGAUAAUUCACGGGUGUGUUAAACCUUCGAACAUCUUGAUAGACAUGAAUUUAACUGCUAAAGUUUGUGAUUAUGGACUUUCUUUCUUAACACCUCAAGAAAUGAGAAAUUUAAUCGGGUACGUUGAUAAGGAGUGUCUGGUUGAAAAGAAAGGUGCAAGUAAAGAAAAUGAUGUUUAUGGAUUUGGAGUUGUCUUGUUAGAACUUUUAAGUGGAAGAAGUGCUGAAGAUGGAUUACUUGUUGAUUGGGCUAUACCUCUUAUUAGAGAUUUGAGAAUUAUUGAAGUUUUAGAUCCUAGAAUUUCAGUUCCUUAUUCGGAUUUAAAACCUGUUACUAGAUUAGCUAAACUUGCUUCAGCUUGUGUUAGUAAUACUCGGAAAAAUAGACCUUCCAUUGUUCAAGUUGUGACCAUUUUGAACAAUUUGGAGAUGCAGUUAUCUUUGGAUCUCAAUAUUCAGUAGUGUCAUGGGGUAAAUUUUGUAACUUCUUAAGAAUAUAUAAAUAUUUUCAGACAGUCCAGGACAGGUUUUUUUGUACGAUUCAUUUCAUUCAUUUUGCGAUUGGGUUCGUCGGGUGAGAGACAUAACUCUCUGUAAAACUGAUAUUGACAUUGUGAAAUGUAAAGGUCUGGUCGGUUGUAUUUUCUUGUAUGUGUCAUAUCAUGGGGGCGGUGAAUGAAAUGAAAUUCUUUGUUUCCGUGUAGAGUUACGGAUCCUUAUCAAA